GUUUUCAAAAUUAAAGGAGAUGAAUCAUCUAACUUAACAGAUGAUUGUUUAUCCUUAUGGAUUGAUGAUGAUGAACUCGUUAGUGAAAUAUUUGUUGAAGUUGAAGUUGAUAUAAAUAAAAUAUUUGUUGAAGUUGAAG